GUGACGUCACGACGCCUUCACCCUCAGCGUCUCCCCCCCCCCAACCCCACCGAUAAAAUCUAUUUAAACAUUACGUUCGAUUGUGUGUAUAGCUUCGUAAUAUAAUUUUUUAAUCUGUUUUUUAAAUAAAACGGAGUAAAUAACGACGAGCUAUUUGCCCCAUGAAUGGGCAUAACGCGUUAAGUCUAUCGAGGUUAAGUUGGAUUUCGGCGCGCACCCCCCCCCUGGACUACGGGCCCUGCGGGGCGAGGCGCGUCCCGAGCCCGGCAGCCCGGUCAGGCGAGGUCGGGGAUUCGGCCUUCGAUCUUCGGACUCGGGAGAGUGACGGGAUGAAUGUCGGAGGCAGACCCAGCAGUCAGGAUGGAGAAGGAGCAUCCUGGCUCUCCCAGCAGCAGCAGCGAAGGCAGCAACAGCAGCAGCAACAGCGGUGUGUGCUGGAGAAAUUUCGAACUCGGACCGCGUAUCGUUGCGCCGACCACUCCAAACUUCUUCUGGUCGGCCUGAGUGAGCUGCGUCGCAACAACAGCCUCUACGACAUCACUCUGCGUGCAGAAGGUCGGAAGAUUUGUGCCCAUCGAGUCGUCCUGGCUGCGUCAUGCGAUUACUUCAGGGGCAUGUUCGCACGGGGCCUGCGUGAGGCACAGCAGGACGAGGUGGAGAUCCACGGCGUGACGUACGUUGCUCUGGAGCGGCUCGUUGCCUACAUCUACACAGCUGAGCUUGAGGUGUCGCAAGACAACGUGCAGGACAUCCUGUCGGCCGCCGUUCUCCUGCAGAUGUCGGCAGCCAUUGACUGUUGCUGCGACUUCCUCGUGUCGCGGGUGGAGGCGGAGAGCGUGCCGGAUCUGUACAUGCUGGCUGAGGCUUACGGCCUCACGGACCUGGCGGACAAGCUCGAUGCGCACCUGCUCUCCAGCUUCCCGGCAUUCUGCCAGACCGAAGCCUACCGCCGCCUGCGUGUCGACAAAGUGCAGUUCUUGCUGAGCAGCGACAGCCUGAAGGUUGCAGCUGAGACUGAUGUGUACGAGGCGGCUCUUUUAUACCAUCGUGGGAAGACCUCUGGCUCAAAGGAGGAACAAGAGGAGGACCUGAAGCUUCUGUCCAACCCGCCCAAGGUGCUCGAGUGUGUACGCUACGAGUUACUCAGCCCACGCACUGUUCAGGACCUCUAUGGACGUCUGAACCCAUGCCCGCUCAAAGAGAUCCUCGCUGAUGCCAUGGCCUACCAUGCCAACGUCAUGCUGCAGCCGGUGCUGCAGACGGCACGCACACGCCUUCGCUCCAAGCACCACUGUGUCGUGGGCUUCGGUGGCAUGUUCUCAUCCGACGACAACGACCUGAGCGAUGAGUCGCACUUCCUCAACCCGAGCACAGGCCGUUGGGAGGUGCUCACCAGGGGUGGCGGCGGCGGCAGCGGCGUUGGUGGAGGAGCGCCUCCCCGCAUGUCCAACCAAGGCAUCGCUGUCGUCAACAACUUCCUUUUCCUCAUCGGCGGAGACAACAACUCGCAUGGCUUCAGGGCGGUGGCGGACUGCUGGAGGUACGACCCACGGCACAACAAGUGGAUGGUGAUAGCGGCGCUCCAGCGGGCACACGCCGACCACUGCGUGUGCGCCGUGGGACUCUACAUCUACGCGAUUGGUGGGCGUGACUACGUGGAGGAGCUGCACUCGGUGGAGCGCUACAGCCUAGAGACCAACACGUGGGAUGCUGCCGCCCCGCUACCCAAGGAGAUGUACGCCCACGCUGGCACCUCGUGCGGGGGCAAGGUGUACGUGGCGUGCGGCAUCCGCGCGGACACGUACCUGAGCACGGUGUACUGCUACGAGCCCGCCGGGGACGCAUGGCGGGAGCUGCCGCCAGCGCCCGUGGAGCGUGCCUGGCACUGCGCCGCGGCGCUGGCCAACCAAGUCUACCUCAUUGGCGGCAGCAACCGCCUGCACGGCUACCGCCGCGACGUCCUGCAGGUCAAUGUGCUACAGACCGACACAGAGCAAUGGACAUCCGUGGCACACCUGCCAGCCGGACACGGUGAGCCCGGCAUCGCCGUUGUGCCGGCGUCGGACGGGCCAGCCACGGAGGGAGAGAUUUACAUCGUAGGCGGCCGCUCGCAUGACCGGCACGCGCGCACAUCCUGCGUUCAUGUGUACGACGCCGCCACCAACUCAUGGUCGUCAGGGCCCAAGCUGGAAGACGAAAUCUCGGGUAUGGCGUGCGCCGCCCUCACGCUGCCCGUGGCGGUGCUGGCGCGCCCGUACCUGCGCGGUCCCCGCCGGCCGACAGGCCCGCCAGGCCGGGGUGCGGCCGCACGCCACGGCCGCCCCUUCCACCCGGCCCACUGGGAGCAGCGGCACAGGUGGUCGGACAGCGACAGCGAGCUGAGUGCUGCCGAGGAUUGAGGCCAAGUGGAAGUGCGGCGAGCGGUUAUGAACACGGCGACGGCUACCAUCGCUGUAUUUGCCAGCUCGUUACGGUGUAGCCGUGUAGUUUGAGUUGGGUGUUCAAGGUCCAAGGCCGUCUUACCUGGGCAGAGUAAGCAAUGUGAGUUCGCUGCUUCGGACCAGGGUGGAGUGGCCACUAGGCGGUCGGGGUGAACUCCGGUUAAAUUCAUACCAUUUUACCCCAUGCCGCACGCUGGCCUGUUACAUGCACUGCACCGACUGCUAUUGUUUCAGAAGGCGACUGCAUGACAUUGGCUGAGUGCAUCUCUGCUUGCGGUGGGACAGAGCUGUGUAUUUUGGGUUCGGGUGGACUUAAGCAUAGGCCUAUUGCACUUUGUGGAGAGUAUUUCACUGCACACGUAAAAAAAAAAUCACCGUUACAGUGGCGCACUUAGUGGCAGAGUCACUCAGCUUCUGUUCAUGUCAUACAGUGUGCUUGACAGAAAAAUACUUGUACAUAACUGGGGUAAAUACAUUUAAAAUUGUCACUGGUUCCUCUGGGAAAAUAUUUGGUAUUAAGAAGGAAAUAAAAGGCUUAACAUAAUUUCCACACCAUAGUUACACUUUAAGAGAAGUACGGUGGACAAUACGCACUGUAUGAGUCAUUAAAAUCUCUCUAAGCCAUAGUCUAAUAAAAUCCAAAGCCAUACUUUUAAUCAAAUAUGGAUAAAACUAACGGGUGGAGGUUAACUCAUGCACUGCCAUUCCAGUCACAUGGCUAUGUCUGCUAUUAGUCAUACAUGUUUUCUCAAGUUAAAGAGGAACAGUCUUGUUGAAAUGAGAGCUGUUUUGUUAGAAAAGGCAAAAAAUACACUGCAGUCAGCUCUUUUUAUUAAUGGUUUGGGGAGUUCAAAUUUAGUUUUUCAAUAAUAUCUAUGCACGACUUUCACAUAAUAGGGUUUUUCUCCUUUUUUCUGGUAACAAAACUGAAACCUUUUUACAUUUAAUCAUGUCUGCAUUAAGCACAAUACUUGUGGUCAAAAUGCAAACAAAAAACACACUCUGAUAAUAUAUGCAUUGUCCUUGAAACUGAUUGGUCCACACCAGAGACGGCUUUCGUUUGAGCCUCGUCUCAAUUGGUGCUAGACCAGAGGACGCCAAAAGGCGUACAGCUCAAAGACAAUGCACUAUCAAAGUAAUGAGGGCUCGGGGUAAGCAUCUACAUCAUUAGACCUCCUUUGCCAGUACCAAAAUAUAAUAACAACUUUCACAUGUUGCAUUACUUGCUCGUGGUACCACAUUUUGGCACCUUAUUCCCCCAGCUUUGAAAGGUCAUGCUGCAAGCUGAGUGCCAUUUGCACGUCUCACUCCUGAGAAUUUCUCAAACUGAAUCGGUCUGCUAAAAACAUGAGAAAAAAGUUUGGCUACCUUUCCAAGACUGCACCACUCGGCAAGUGGGUGCCUGGUCUUGCCGUUCAAUUAAAGGAAUUUGAAUGCUUGGUAAACGGAUUUGACAACAUUAUUUUAUUGGAUUCCUGCAUCUGAUAAGAACACUAGAAGGCAUGGCACGAAGGCAAGGUAAACUUUGUUUACCGAUAAUUGAUAUUUUCUGACUGAAGCAAGUAAUAUUUUUUUUAUAUAUAGAACAUUCAACAAGUUGUCGUUAUUUUCCAUGAUCUCUCCACUGCUGGAUGAAUGCCUCCCAACGCAGAUGCCAUCCAUUAUGGUCCUGUAAUGUAACAAUCCAUAUCCCUGCUGCACGAGCUGAGCACAUUGCCCUCUUUCCGUGAUGGCUGUCCUCUCGGGCGCAUUACCCCCUUUGGCUGCCGUUCUGUCGUCAGAAUGGCAGCUAUGGGCCAUCAUGCCAAGACCACUUUCCUUAAUAGAUAUCAUUCAGUCUCUGAUCAACGUGUUUCUGUCUUUUUCAUUUAUAUAUGGCUAUCCGUAAAAAUAUAUUGCUAUAAAUUUAUUUUACCAACUAUGUUAGGAGCCUCCACACAAAGCGCGAUUCGGCCAGAAACGGACACUGAUACUGCCAGCUGUGGCGCUGUUCAACAACUCGGAGAGGCAAGAACCGAUGCGAGUGCCAUGUGGGCUUGCGGAACAUCGGAGCCCGAAGACAGCUGUUGGUAGCUGUGACUGCAGGUAGGGUGGCGCUGUCCUGCAGCCCCAAGGAAAGGGGUGCGGCGGGGACUGCUAGGUGAAGCGUGUGGGCGGUGCGCGUAGCGGCAGGGGAUACACAGCCUCCGCAGACGUCUGCUGUUGUGCCCCCGAAGAAUGUACAUCGUCAUCGCUGGGUGCUGCCAGCAUUCGUUGGCUGAACUGAAGAGUCAUCGUUGCAAAACAAACAAAAAACCCUUUUUCUAUUCACUGCCACACAAGUGUGUGAUUAAUUUGAACACAUUUUGUGGAGCAGAUAUAUGCCACUGGAAUGUGAUCGUUAUCGUUACGCACAUCACCAUUAGUCAUACCUGCGGUGGGAAUUUUCCUGAAAGGUCGGUUAUGUUGCCUUGAGUUUGUAUGUGCGGAGACAGCAGGUAUUUAUGGUAAUUGGAAUUUAGUGACUGGACCAGCAGAGCAAAAACAAACACCUGUAAAUGUAUAAGAUUCUACGUUGGCUGCUUUGAUCCACAAUAAUGUCACAAACACCGUAGCAAGCAUUUGUAAUGUGGAGAAGAAAAUAAAAUAAUGCUUAUGCAGUCUAAACACGUGUCAGGUAUAGCUUUCCUGUGAAUGAAGAUGCUUUAAAUCACCCUUCCCGCACCUCCAAAAAGCACGGUUGGCUACACACGGUGCGAAAGAAUUUCGACAUACCCUUUACUCUAAACAAACGGCUGUCUCGCCUGUUUAUCCUCGCAGGUAUCUCGCACGGGUACACCGACAGAGCAGGGGGUGGUUAAGCCCUGUAGUUCAUCUGCUGGUAUUGAUGUCUACCACAUGCCGUGCGUCGUUCGGUGUGAGUCGGUCACUGCGUCAGAAGCACGUUGUCGAUGGUGAUGUCAAUUUAAGCCAGCGUGCAGCAGUCAUUUAAUCCACAUUCAAUGUAUGGCCAAAAAGUUCAAAGCGGAAAGCAAUAAAUAACAGAGUACUUCACCACUAACUGUUCCCUCGACGUGAAGUUUUUAUUCUUCACUUCCGUGUGCGCAAUGUGCGUGUGUGUAUGUGCUCGAGUGUGAUAUGCCACCGUUUUCCAAAUGCCAGUUCUCAUAACCCCCCAUUAUACACCUGCACAUAAUUUCCAAUAUUUUCCAUCCUUAUGCAAAUCAAAACUGGUGGACCGGUUGUGAAUGUACAUGUGCUGCCGUGUUUGUCAAGGAUGAGGGCGACCCCCCCCCCCCCCCCCCCACACUGUAUGGGUCAUCGGGGUUUUUUGACCGUACUUCCCCACCUUGGUGAAUGCAGGGAAGACAAACAUUGGAGGAUCGUAAAGGAUUCUAGAUUUGAAGCUUUCGUGACUGCAAGGAUUCAUAUUUUUAGGUUUUUUCGGUAAAGUCACGUAGGUAAAACAUUAAAAUUAAUAAAAGUAAAAUAAAAUAAAAAUGAUACAGCUGUCGUGGCUGUGACGGUUCCACCUGAAGACGGAAGCUUUUGUUGCCUCCGAAACGUCGUGAUUUUUAUUUUAUUUUACUUUCAUUAAUUUUAAUGUUUUACCUACGUGACUUUACCGAAGAAAAAACCUAAGAAUAUGAUCGUAAAGGACGUUGCUGCACUGUGCUCUGCUAUUCUCACAGGAUAGUCCAGCAGCAGUCGAUAGUACCUGUUACGCUUGGUAGUUGGCUAAGUAUCAUCUCGGCUUUGCUUUGCUUAGCUUCGGAGAUCUGACGACUUUGAGUGCAUUCCAGGUGAUUUGGUCAUAGGCUUGUGGUAGUAAUUAUCCGGCAGUAAUAUUCACAGCUGUAUCAUGGCAGGUCACGAGGACUGGGGUUUGAGAAAUACUUGUUUUAGUAUAACUUCUCACCAUUUUCUUACUGUGGUUUUAAAUGCUUUUUCGUAACAUCAUCAUUUUUUUUUAGGCUUCCAUUGUACAAAGUAACAGAACCUGUAUUUACAGGUGUUUGGGGCAUUUUACUACAGCACCGCAGCAUCACAGCCAUGGUUUGGUAAAACACUUGGGUCAAUGUAAGAUGAAGUUGAUAUGGUUAGGAAGCCGCUAAACUGCAUGAGCUGCAUGUUUCAUUACCUUCGACCGCGGCACAGGAGAAUACCUAGCUGUGGAGCUCAAUAAAUAAUAUAAGAACGAUCAGUAGUUCCCAACUGUUGUCUGCAGACCAGUAUGCAUGGAAAGGCGAUCCACGGAAUUAAUGCAGAUAAUACAAAUCUACGGUCAUAUAUAAUUGACGUUUCAGACAGCGACCUUACAUCAUAGCACAUUGCCCAUACUUUUCCUUUUAAGGUCACAAUGUUAUUGACGAAUGUGUUUAUUGUUGUGUUAUUUGUGCUUGUGCACUACUACCAGCAUAGCAAUAUCACCAAAUAUUUUUGUUUGCAGAUUAAAAAAAUUCUUCCACAAACACCAUGGCUUUUACUGCAUGGUGGUUGGCAAAAGAUCUUGAUGGUGGACUGUUCUGUGUGUCCAUAACAGUUGGGAGCUGCUAAAAUAUAUUACCUUACACAAUUGGUUUGUUAAAUGUGUUUUAGUUACAUAAUUUCGUCAGUCCACUGCUGGAUAUGAAAGCCUUCCCAUGCCAUGCUGGUCAAGGGGUUUGUUUGACGAUAUUUCACGUUGGUCAGUGCAAGCUGAAUGUCGGGAGGCUCAGGACCGGUUUGAGUAUCACUCGCUCCUGAUGUUAGCUGUGGCUGGAAAUUUAAUUCAGUUUGCUAUGUACCAUUGUGCCCCCACUGCACCCAUUGUGUUAUUUAAAGUUAUCAAAUAGCAUGUAUACUGUGCCUUUCAUGUUUGAGCCAAAAUACUCGUCUUUAAACCCUAUUGACAAACAUUAUUGCAAAUGUUUCUUUAAAAAAAAAAAAUUGGAAUGCAUUUUUUUCAGCAGUUUCUUUUUGUACAAGAUAUGCUUCCAAAAUAAGUACAAUUGAAAAACAAGGAAAUGAUUUCCUACGAAUAGGAAGAACUGCAGAGUGAAACGUUGACUCUUUUUUUUUCUUCUCACGAAAAAAUAUUUCCCCUUUUCAAUAAUUUGUUAACCAAAGUAGCAACAUCCUACAGUAGUAGAUGGGUGGUGACGUAGCGUAGUGGUAGCACGUUCGCCCUGCUGCUGUUCAGGGUUCGAAGCCCAGCGACCGCCCUGGUUAUUACCGCAGUUGUAUUUACCAUAAAUCAUGAAAAUAUGGACGUUUAAAGAUCAUGUGAUGCCAUUCGCAAGAGUAGGGCAGUGUGUCCCGGUCCAGAUUUGAGAAGAAGAAAAAAAAAUUCGCACAAAUUACUCAACUGGGAUUAUAUGAAGCAUUCAUCGUCCAUGUCUGCACAACCAUGCAUAGGGUGAUUUUUAAAAAGUCCUUACAGUUUUGGUGCCAUUUAACUUGUAAGCAAAUGCAUGUAAUGAACAUACAUUUUCAAUCCGUUCAAAAAUGUUAUGUUUUUGACGGGAUUGUUUUUGUUUGGUCAGGUGGUGGCACUGUUAUAAGUUUAUUCUUAGAAGGUGUCUGGGCCUACAGAAAGCUGUUUAUGUUCAAAACUUAAAUCGGUGGCCAGUGGUCUAGGGCCUAUGAAGGUUUGGCAGCAUAUGUGAAGGCAUGAGUACAGAUGUUUAAAGCAAAUAGGUUGUGUUUAUAAUGCUAAGCAUUCUGUUGCAAAACAUUUGAAAGAGCAUGAAAUUGAAGUGUAGAGGUAGGAAAUUACGAGUGUAAAAACAGUUACUAUCUGACUUAUUUUUACAACUUGAGGAAUAUGUCAAAUUUGUAAAAUGUGUCGUGAAGAUAUACAUUAUUUUAAAACCCUGUCGGGACUUUGUUUUCUAUUCAUAGUGAAACACGUUUUUGGGCCACAUAAAAGUGGCUGCCGGUCAGGAUAGCUGCAUCCGGGCCUGCUGAUGGAACCCACAGGCUGGAAACAAAGGAUAAAUUCCUUCUUUUCAAAGAAGCCUUGUUUAUGUACGUGCCACAACCAUACACUGCAUCUAUGUUGGAAAACCAUCAGGGUCAAGCUUUGCAGUGUUGGCUAACCAUGCUGUGUUUGGAACCUUAGCCAGACUUGGUUACGCAUGAGCCGUUGCAUUUGGUAAGCAUAAUGAUCCAAUUUAAGAUACUGUGCAUCCUGCAGUUUAUAUAUCGGGGUGCUGACGUGUUCGCAGUAAAUGCUUCUUGGAUAUUGAGUCGACAUGGAAUGAUUAAUAAAAAUUCAUUCUGAUUGUCAGGAUGCUUGCAUACAAUCUUAAACUCACGAAACAUUAAUUGUAUAAGAAAUUCCAAUGUAUGCAGAUUAUAUGCUAAUGCUGCAUUUAAGCUUUUGGAGUGAACGAAACUCGAUCAACGAAGCAAAUUACAAAUAUGACCAAAUAGACCGUGAAAUAUAAAUGAAUGAGUCAUGACAAUUCAUGAAUGGCAGGCAAUGUGAAUCAUUACCAGCCUGACAGUGAAGACUGGGCAGUAGCAACUCCGGUUGCAGCCGACAUUCAUGAGCACUUCACAAAAUGAAACUGGCAUGCUUGACUGGGCAAGUUGUCAUGCGUGAUGUACAGGAACUGCAUGGAAUCGGCUCCAACGACAUUUCCCGAGAUGCUGUGAAAUGCAAAGGCAUGACUGUCAGGAUUCUAUAAUCACACGGGGCGUACAUGUACAGUUUCUUUGUCAAUCCACUGCUGGAUGAGGGCCUCCCCACUGCAAGUUGUGGGUGCUAUUUACCCAUCCUCCACUACGUUGGUCAGUGGGUUGAUGUAGGCGAAAAGAAUACAGACACAGGAGCAUGAAAGUACAAUGAUUAAUUUUCUGAACGUCCCUCUGCUGCCCACCACAAUGUCACAUCCCAUAAAUGGUUUGCACGGUGGUUGUCCAUCCAAGUACUACCCAGGCUCAUCCUUGCUUAGCUUUUGAGAGCGUGUAUUCUUUGUGAUUUUGUCAUUCGUUUCACAUAGCAUCUACAUAUAUAUUAUGAAUGGAAGUAUACUGGCAUUGUUGUAAUGGUGGUACUUCUGCAUUAAUUCGGCCGCUUGACACUGGUUAGCUUGCUCUACUCGUCAACAGUAUAUUGUGAGCUGAAAUCGCAGUCAAGGGCCGACCUUGCUUACCAUCACUCUUGGGUCAAUAAAACAAGAACUGUAUGACUUUGUGAAAACAUGACAGUGCUGUAUCAAUUACUACUUAGUCCCUGCGAUGGAAAUCUGGAAUUUCCACAAGCUCAGGACGAGUAAAAGAGACGAGUGUGACCCAAUUUAUGGUCUGAGCAAGGACACCAUUUGAUGUAUCCUUAACACAGCAAAUUAUGUAUUGCAUGUAAAGUCAACAUUACAAGAGUUUAACUACCGUUGAAAUAUUUGUAAACAUGUAAUUUAUGUUGUUAAUCUACUGCGGGGAGGCCUCAUGCUGUGUCAAUGGUGGGGGGUAGAUCAUACUUAACCACUGGUCCGUGCGGGUUGAAAAGAGGGCCCAGAACUGGGUCAGAUCUCACUCCCCAUCGAUGUUAACUCUGGCUGGUGAUCAAACUCUUCUGGCUGGGUUCACAGCGCAAGUGUGCUAACCACCGCACCACCACUCCACCUAAUUUGUUUUGUCUUUACAUAUAUAAAUAUAAAAAUCAACAGACGCUUUGCUUGUUUUCCAAAAUGACGGAGCGGUUCUGCAUAGGUAAGAAUCGCCUUCACACCCACCCGUACAGGUGUGGCAUUUUAACUUGCGCGUAGUUUCUGUGUUGCGCAAUGACCCAAACAGCCACUUUCUGGGAAACCCAACCCUCAGGGUUCCGGAUGUAAUGGCCAAAUAAAGUUUGCAAGUUUCAGACGUGUGUACCCAGUGAGUUGCGUGUGAAUGACCAAUUUCUCCACCUGUACACGGGCAACACGCUUCAUUUGUAAACAUUUUAGUUAUCUUAUCCCCGAAUUAACUUCGCCUUUCUCUUGACCACUGUCUCAGUGUGUCCGUGCGCCCUUGUUGUUUUGAAUUGCUGCCCAGCAGACAUUUUUCGUUGCGUGAUGGGAAAUUGAACAGAGUAAAUGCGUUUUGGACAGAAACGCAUGUUUGCGUAACAAUUAAAAUUACUGAUGUAUUACAUUACUUGUGCAAUUAUUAUACGUAUGCAACGAUUUCUGGUACAGUAAUCUACAAUUUUACACGUGUAUCCAUAGAGUAAGUAUAGCACUGAACAGAAUGGUGUUGUAUGGUAUAACGAUCCCUGUGGAUGACAUGGCAUGGAUAGGUCUUUAGUAGGAGUGGCCUGACAAAACAGCUGUGCAUUAUAUGCCUUGAG